GGGACAGCAGCAUGUCACCCUACAGCAUCUGUGUACAAGCGUUCCUUUUCAUGAGCAUCCUGCUUGUCUGCGCACCCUCAGGUGGUUCAUCUGAAAGUAGACUUCGCAAGAUUAUCAUGAAACAAGAAGUCAAGGAGCUGGAAUCCAGUCCUAAAGCGCAGAUUGCAGUGUCUCAGUACAAGGCAAAAGAGUUUCUUUCAGCUCUUCACAGGUCUAGGAGAAACGUGUGGGAUCGCAGUCGCCCUGACGUGCAGCAAUGGAUCCAGCAGUUCAUGUACCUGGGCUACGAUGAGGCAAGACUUGAGACUGAUCUCUCCUAUUGGAUGGACCAAGCCAGAUCACAUGACCAGGGCCGGCAGCAUCAUCACGAUGAAAAUGCAGCUAUGAGCCAACAGGACCCCAGCUCCUACAGACAUGGAGCUAAUGUCAAUUAUGAUUAUUAUUAAAGCCCACUUCUGCCAUUUCCUAGAGCUUAAAGUGACAGUUCACCCAAAAAUGAAUUAUCGUACUGUCUAGCUAACCCUUGUAUUGUUUUAAGCCCAUAUACAAUCAUUUUCUUUCUUCCGCGGUGCACAAAAGGGGAUGUUAGGCAGAAUGUUAGGUGCUGAUAGCCUGAGAUAAUAACAUCAUCUGUGUUCUUAGUUUUGUCUCUUUUUUUUCAGUACGUGAGCAGGUUUAUGGGAUUGUCAAGAUCAACAUUAAAUUGCAAUGUUAAAAAAAUUGUAUUUCAAGUUCAAUUCUGUAUCACAUCCUCAAAACUGUAUUGUUUAAAUAAAAUGUGAGUGGCUACAUCAAAAAUAAAACAUUAAAGGGAUAGUUCACCCAAAUAUGAAAAUUCUCUCAUUAUUUACUGAACCUCAUGUCAAACCAAAGUGAAUGGUGUCCAGAACUUUGAAGGUCCAAAAAGCACAUAAAGGCAACAUGUAAUCGUUCGACUCCAGAGUUUCAAAUCAAAUCAAAUCACUUUAUUGUCACACUACAAUUGUACACAAGUGCAACAGUAGGUGAAAGUCUUGUGUGCAGUUCCGAGCAACAUAGCAGUCAUGACAGUGACGAGACAUAUACCAAUUACAAUAAACAACAUACUUACACAACACAAUUUACAUAUCAAAUGUACACAUACUUACACAACACAAUUUACAAAUCAGAUGUACACAUACUUACACAACACAAUUUACAAAUCAGAUGUACACAUACUUACACAACACAAUUUACAUAUCAAAUGUACACAUACUUACACAACACAAUAAUUAUAUACAAUGUACAGUAAACAAUACACACAAUAUAGAAUACACAAUAUACAAUACAGUUUAAAUCCAUGUCUUCAGAAGGGAUAUGAUAGGUGUGGGUGAGAAAAAGACCAAGUUUAAGUCCUUUUUAUUAUAAAUCGCCACUUUCACUCUCACAUUCCUCUUCCUUUGUUUUUUGGCCAUUCUUCGAGCACAUCACCACUAGCUGGAAAGGAAGGAGAAUUAAUUGUAAAACAGGACUUAAAUAGUGAUCUGUUUCUCACCCACACCUAUCAUAUCUCUUCAGAAGACAUGGAUUAAACCCCUGGAGAUGAAUGGAUUACUUUGAUGCUGACUGUAACAUUUCAUGGAAAAGGAGGAAGCCGAGACGACGUAACAAACAUGUAAAACACUUUAAUCGCACUUUUCAGUGUUUAACGUAACGGAGUACUUUCCAGCCCCACAUUAAACACGCACUACUUUUUGGCCAGCUACGUCAAAUAAAUUAACACACACACACAUAGACAGCUUUGUGCGUCUCUCUCUCCCCCUGCGGCUGUCUCCUCUCCUUAAAUACUCCCGUCACCCCUCACUGGAACACGACACCGCUGUGGCACACAGGUGGACCUCAUUCAUCACUUAGGUUCCCGGCAUCACUAAAGUUCUGGUCACCAUUCACUUGCAUUGUAUAGACCAAAAGAGCUGAGAUAUUCUUCUUUAAAUCUUCAUUUGUGUUCUGCAGAGGAAAGAAAGUCACACACAUCUGGGAUGACAUGAGGGUGAGUAAACAAUGACAGAAUUGACAUUUUUGGUUGAACUAUCCCUUUAAAUGAGGUAACACUCACUGAUACGCUCACAUGGGCGGACAGACUUGCAUAAACGUGCAAAAGUGAUUUGAAAUGAGGAUGAGAUUAAUACAGAUUAACAUGAAUCAUUUAACUGCUAAAUAAAGCUCAUAUUUGUCGGCCUGAUUAUUUCAACUCAUUAAAUAUAAAGACCACAACAGCUGCGGCUCAAUGUAAUAUAGUUUAAAGGAUAUACUUUCCUUGUGAUAUUUACCUAAUUACAAACAAUUCAUGUGUAAAAGUGAACUCUCCUGGCAGCACAUUAGUGCACGACAGCACAUUUGUUAGGAAAUGCUGUGCGACAGAAUAAAGGACUCGUA